AUGUCUAUCGACACAAUUACAAAUCCAGAUCAGGCGCUGGGACCACCUUCAUCACGAUAUCGCGACGUGCGAGCAUCUUACAGUUCUUCAAAAAAGGCCAGCAGCUUCAUUGCUCAUCUCCGGUCGUCAAAUACAUCAGCUAACAAGACUAUUUGGCCGCCCACGGUCUGCAACGAGGUUUCUCGCCAGGUACAUCGCGAAGGCUUUGUCCUUCAUACCGCUCAAACACAUGAUAGACUGAGAAAGCUAAACGUUGAAGCGAUAUUCUGA